AUGGCCGGCGAGAAUAUUUUGGUUCCUCUCCAGAGACCAAGUCAAGGAUCUGCUGGAAAAAAAUUCGAUGCAUUGGUUAACUAUUUCAAAAUUCCGAAUGAUGUCAUAGGAUUACCGUUCGUCGAAUACAAUGUGGACAUGAGCUAUGAAAUAAUAGAUCCGGACGGGAUUAUAGACGACAAAUGGCAGAUACCAAAUAGAACUGUGCGACGACAGCUUUUCUGGAACUGUUGUGAUCAUCAAGAUCUCGUGAUAUAUGAUGAUUGGAAAGUAGCUUUUUUUGCUGGAGGAAAAUCUAGGGACCAUAUUAAGAUUAUUAAGGAAAUACCACUAGGACGGAAUCGAGUCGCUUUUGUCGUCAUCAAGCCGCUUUCGCGACCUUUUUGUAUAAACAUAACCGACCAACACAUAAACAUAUCGCUAUCAUCCGAAAUGCUAUUGAAGGCAUUGGUAACUCAAGGAACUAGAGUGGUUUCAGAAACGGGAAAUUUCUUUUCUCAUGGUGGAGCUGUGUACCCUGUGCCAGGGAGGACCAGAUCAGCUUGGGAUGUAAAGAUUCAUAACGAUAUAAGAGCCUGGGUAGGACUGUACGCAGGAGUUAGAAGUUUAUCCAACAGAGACCCAGUUAUCAACUAUGCGCUAACUCACAAGCUCUUCCAUCAAAUGGAUAUAGAUCUAGUCACAUUUUUUGUUGAAGUAUUGCACUCGCUUGACGAAAGCAAGCAAGCAAAAUCGUAUAGAGCACAACUACAUAAUCUCGCCAUAAAACCUGAACAUACUAAAAGGUUGAACAUCGCAUUAAAAGAUCUCAAAGUGAGGGUGAAAGAAAAAGGUAAACGGGCUAUCGAUUUCAAAAAGGAUGGACCAUUUUUCGUUGUUAGACAUGGCGUUGUUAAUAACGUACUUGAACACACCGCCAAUACCUUCGGUUGUAGAAUACGGAAUCGUAACGAACGCUUAGCCGAUGUAUAUGCGCAUAUGGGUGCAGAAUUAGAGUAUCCAAACUUGCCAAUUAUCGAAGUUGUAUGUCAGAAGAAAAAACUGUACUUGCCUAUGGAGGUCCUUCACACAUACGACACGCCAACGGCGUAUAAUAACUGUUUUAAGUAUUUUUCUGAACAAAAGAGAUAUAUUGAGAGAGUGAGUCAUAACCCUACCGAGUACGUCCAUCUCCUUCUGAGGACUGUGGAAGAGUUUUCUGAAAAAGCAAAGAAACAUGGAUUCCGUGAGGGCAUAGUCGAUCCGGUAUUGCUUGAAGUACAAGGAAGGCGUUUGAAGCUGCCCAAACUGUUAGCAAAGAAUGGAUCGCAGGUGCAAUUUCAUGACGACUACACCUACAGAGUGAAAGAAUUGAAUAAGUGUCCUGAACAAAAAGUACACUUUUCCUUAAUUCAUGUUCUCGAGGGAGAGGAGACGGAAAAGAAGCAGCAACACAUUAGGUUGUUCUAUGAAACCCUGAAGCCUAAACUUGAAGAAAGGGGGAUCAAGGUAUCUGAUUCUUCUCCUCGCCUUCACUUAGCAUCUGUAGGAAAGGACCUACCUAGAUACAAUAGCAUUCAUUCAAUUGUUGAAGAGGAACGCACAGAAUGUAUCAAGGCUUACGGUGACAAUUUUCGUGAAAAGUUGGCUCCCUUAUUUCUAAUAAUUUUCGAAAACAUGAAAACUCAAUACGGAUAUGUAAAAUCGAUCAUGGAUACAGAGUAUGGAUUCGCGAACCAGGGUAUAGAUGAAGCAACAAUAACGAAGGCUGUUUUCGAACCGGACCAGUCUAGAUCGAUAUACUACAAUCUUACGUUAAAGAUUAAUGCCAAACUUGGUGGCCUCAACAUUGAAGCAGAAAACGUUGAAACAGAGGACAAUAACACAAAAAUGGAGAAAUUGAUGUAUAUAGGGAUGGACUGUACACAUCCAUCCGAUGUAGAUAAUGUAAUGAAAAUAUCCCUAGCUGCCAUGACAGGUAGCACUGAUAGUACGGGUACAAAAUAUAAUACCGAAGUUUACGCUCAAUUAACCGCGAAAGAACAAAUCGACUAUUUCCAUCGGCAGUUCACAAGCCUCAUCUUCAAAUAUAAAGAAGAGAAUGGGUACUACCCCGAACACAUAGUUGUCUACCGCGAUGGUGUAUCGAACAGCCAGUUAUUGGGAGUUGCUGCUGAUGAAAUUCAGAGCAUGCGCGGCGCAUGGAGUAAUCUAGAGGAUGGACAUUUAAGAAAGCCAACUUUCACUUAUAUUGUUUUACAAAAAAGACACGGCACACGAUUUUUCGUUCCGAAAAAUCAUGAAUAUCAAAAUGUAAAACCUGGAAGCGUGUUCGAUAGCGUAAUUUCUUCACCAAUACUAUACGAUUUUUGGCUCUGCAGUCAGUAUAGUGAAAAGCACACUAUCCGCCCAGGCCAUUAUACCGUGGUCUAUGACAAUUGGAAUCUCCCUCCUGACACUGUAUAUGAAAUGACAUACAGACUCUGCUUUCUGAACGCCCGGUGCAGAAAGCCUAUUUCCUUGCCUGUUUGCAUUCAUUAUGCCGAUAUCGCUUGCUCCAAACUCAAAGAGAAAUAUAAAGCUCUUGUCAUGAGAGAGACUCUAAACAUGGAAAACCGAGAAAACAAGGAAACCAUAGAGAGUGCGUUAAAAACACAUAAUCUCUACCCAGGCAUGCCAUAUAUCUGA